CCACUGGAUUCAGUCUAGCGUGGGUGAUCGAAUUGAACGGACUUGGAUUGGGUUCCGGAACAGUCGCGGGCUGGAGUCAAUCCCUAGGAAAGAACAUUAAAUCAAAAUCAUGUCAAGCAACGGUAACUGUUCGGGUUCGUUGUUGGUGUAGCACGUUUAGUACCGCCUCUAAUGAAUGUGAUUUGUUUGUUGGAUUAGCCAACGAACAAGCAUUUCGAAUAAAACAAAUCUGACGUUGUGAUCAGGCUGAGGAUUAUUCUAACGUUGCUUUUCGUUGACUCGUGUGCUUCUCCGUCGGUGACACGAAACGAUGGGAUGUGGCCCUUCCAAUUCGGCGGUGGCAGCAGUGCCCGCGGACGGUGAUGGAACUUCGAAUGGAACGAAAAAUUCAUAUCCUCCCUCAGAAGCAUUCGAGAUCCCUUUGGAUGACGAGAAUCCGGACAGCCUCAUCAAAAAACAUCCACCGCUGAGGCUGAAACGUUUAGAAGAGCAUUCAACCACUCCGCCCAGCAUCGAAGAUUUGGAAGGAAAGUUGGCCACAGCGGAGGUCCGACGUCAACAGUUCCUAGCGAGUCGCGUGCAGAAGACUACCACAAUUGAUAAGACAGAUAACGAUGAAAACGGUGACAUCAAUGCCAUCAGAGAAGAAGACGAACCAGAAGCGAGCGAUGCUAAGGAAGAAGAUGUCAAAGAGGUUGAAUCGAAUGAAGCAGAUGUGAUCAAAGUGGAAGAACAAGAAGGUGAACAGGAAAACACAAAAUGUGAUACACAAGAGGAGGAACAAAAGGAAAGCUAAUUAUCAAUGAAGAAUGGAUAUGCUGAAUAAAACGAAUGCUCUUUUUAUUAAACAUACAUUUAUUAAUCUUUUCACUUUCAUUAUAUACUUUUAAUUGUUUAUAUAUAGAUCAUUUGAACCUAGUUUUUUUCACUUUUCAUAUUAAUCAAUAAUAAUCAUAAUAUUUUGGCAUACCCGUAUAAUACUUUUAAAAAAUAAACAUUUUCCACAUUGUAUCAUAUUUUUAUUCUUUUUUCUAACUCUGUGUACACUUUUGCUAUGCUCUCAAUUUUCACAAAAAAUCCUUAAUGCUUUCCUUUGUUUCGUCCUCACGGGCUGCUGCCGUUGCUUGUACAGUACUUUCCCCCACUGCACUGUACGGUUCGACUUGUUUACCACAUUUAUUUAUAUUCAUAUAGGAAAAAUCUCUCGUACGAAAGGAAAAAAGAUUCGUUCACAAAUACUGUAAUGAUAAUCUCAAUUCACUUUUGUUUUUUUUUUCUUUUGUUUAGGAUACCGGCUGAGCUGGCUUGUUAGGCUUAUUCCGUUCUCGUUCACUUUUGGGCUUCCAGCUUGUUCUUUUCCUACAUGUGUUCAUUCACUUUUGGGUUCAUCCGCCCAGAUUUGCUCUGUAAUUCCAAUUCCGUUUAGGUUAGGAGUGUAUCUGGGAGUGUGCGAACGAACGGUCGAUCGUUUGCUAGUGUUCCUAUCAAAAUGACACGAGAGCGAAGGGUAACAACCAUAUAAAUGCAUCACCGUUUAUCAUAGUGCUCUGGAAUGAUUCUACUAUACGGUUGAUUGGUGGUAACCCUCUAGCAUACCAUCCAUCCAAAGGAAAUUCCUAUCGGUGUGGUAUGCGAUUUUCCAACUGUAAAAAAGUCAGAGCUGAUUUGUUAUUUGGGAAUAUCUGAUACCUAUAAACAUCCAUCUAAAUAUAUUCGCUGGUGAGUGAGUAUUCUAUUCAUGCAUGCGUGAGUGGAGGAGAUGUGGGGUUUGCGUGAGUGAGACAUUGAGGAUUGUUAUAUGUUCUGAUGAACGACGAUGGAUUCGGAACUAACAACUGCUGACAGUAUUCAACCCUAUAAGUAAAUGUUCGAUCGGUGCAAACGCUAUAAGCGCAACGAUUUUCAACUGAAAGUGUACUUAGUUCACCAAUCCUGUUCAACGAAAUAGAUUGAAGUUGCUCGAAGUUGGUGCAUCCUGUUCUUAUCCUUUUGUUCCUAAAACAGGAAUAAUUUUGAAGCCAAAAGAGAUCGCACGGCGCUUUUUGAAAGCACUUUACAUGCCCUCUGCAGCAAGUGACAACUCUUUGACGUCUGUCAUCUAGUGUAGUUAUUGGACAACAGUCGGUAACUGUAACGGAAACAUGUUGCACCUAUCGAACAUCUACUGUACAGUUGUUCUUUGUUGCUAGAAUCUGCGCGAUCGAAGUCUGUCAAAGCAGGUGGUCUAUUAUCGAUUUAUUUUUGACUUAUGUUAUACACGUGUUUGUUACCUACAAUUCGAGUUGAAAUGUUUGAUUCUUCUUUUGAAUAUUUAUUGGUUCUACUAGGUGGAGUUACAGGAGCUUUUAUGCUUAGAUUUGUUCCUUUCGAUUGAAUGACAUUUUAUUUGUCUGUUAGUCGUUGAUAAAAAUCUGUUGAAUGUGAAGUAAGUGAGUUGUUCUAUGUUUUGGGUUUGGCAAUUGCGGUAACACACGUAUUCAGAACAAAGUGUUAUUAACCUUCACAUACCCGACCCCCGAUAACACAUUUUCAAAAUGCUGGCAUUUCGUCAAUUUUCUCCUGAUUUUUUUUGGAGUCGCCCUGAAUCGAUCAUAAAUUAGUUCAAGUUUAUUAUACCCAAGUGGUCAUGUAAUAUCCGGAACCAUUCCGGAUAUAUUCCGGAUUGUACUAGGGUCAGGGGGAGGGGGAGAGGUAUGUUUUGCCAAGUGACUAAAAGGGAUUAUUUCGUGUAUUGUUGUGUUUGAGAGGCCCCCGCGGAACCUGUUUCAGGUAAUCCGGAGCGGCCAUAUCAGUUGCUACAUACUUCAGUCAUUUUUUUCUGCCACAUUCUCUUAAAAACAUGAAGUUCGAGACGUCGCACGGCGUGUUUUAGUUGCUAACCAGAAAUGUCCCCGAUUUCUCCCCCGUGGAACCUAUGCUAGAUGUUCCGAGGUGGCCAUAUUAGUUGUUACAGACUUCAGGGUAUCGUUUCUGACUCAGUCAUUCGAAAUCAUGAAGCUUGAUAUGUCGCACGAAAUGUUUUGGAUGAAAACCAGAAGUGUCCCCAAUGAAGCCCCCGCGGAACCUGUCAUGGUGAUCCGGAUGGGUCAACUUAUUCAAAUCUGAUUAUCACAGUUCUGUUUUAUUGUUCGCAAUAAAAAUUCCGCUGAAAAUCGAUGGUUUAGACACAAUAACACAAGGAAUAAUCAUUUUUAGCCAUUUCGGCACCCUACCUGACCCCAGUACAAUCCGGAAUAACUCCGUAAUGGUUCCGGAUAUUGCAUGGAAACUUGGGUGUAAUGAACUUGCACCAAUUUAUGAUCGAUCAAGGGCAACUUCAAAAAAGUUGGAUGAAAAUUGACGAAAUGCCAGCAUUUUGAAAAUGAAAUGUUGGGGGUCGGGUACGUGAAGGUUAACAACAAAAAAAUAGAAUAGGUCCUGCUCUUGGGCAUUUGAGUACACUGUAGUCAAGGUAGUUUUUAGGAAGUCCCCAGAAAGCCCAAUAAAAAAGGGGUCCAAAGGCUUCAGGGGCGUUUGAAGUGGUUCUUCAAAGAGAUUUUGUGAGCCAUUCAAGAGCGUUUUGACAGGUUUCGUUAGCGUUUCAAUAGUAUUGCGGGGUGUCAGAGACGUUUCAAGGGGCUUCAAGGGUUAUUGAGGAGGUCUCAGCAACCUUCAAAGGCCGUUACAAGGGAUUUCAGGGGCGAUUAAAGGCAUUUUAGAGGCAUUUCAGAGAAUUUCUGCAAGAUUCAGUAAACGGUUUAGGGGCGUUCUAUAGAAUUUCAGGGACGCUACAAGGGGGUCUCAGAACCCUUUCAAAGGCGUUCGAAAGAGUUUCAGGAGCAUUUCAUAAUGGUGACGUGGCUUUCAAGAGCGUUUCAAUGGAUUUGCAGAAGCUUGAGGGGCGUAUCAAGGAGUUUAAAAGCAUUCAAGAGUAUUUCAAAGUGAUUACGGGAAUUUUAGGAUCAUUUCAAUAAUAUGAAGCCCCAAUUCACUCAGAAACGCUCCUGGGAACUCAAGGUACCCCCUGAAAUCCUCUGGGAUUACCUAAAAAGCCUUUAUAAGACAACCUGAGACCCCCUGAAACACUCCCAAGCAGAGAUGAUUAUGAAACGUUUUUAUGCUUACCGUUCACUGUUCCCCCUGAAACAUUUCUAAGACCCCCAGAAAUACUCCUGAGACCGCUGGACACGCUGCUGGUACCCCUGAAACGUUUAAUAAACUCCUUUGGAUCCCUUAAAACGCGACCCCUUGAAAUUCCCUGAAAGCCCCUGGGACCACCACUAAUGCCCCUGAGACCCCCUGAGAUUCCUUGAAACGCUGAUUUUUUGCCAUAUUUGAGGGGGUACAACCAAUUUUUCAUCCCAUACAAAAUAUAUGGAGUUUCGAAAUCGAUACUAUUUUCUCAGAUUUAUUGUAAUUUGUCUAAGCCUGAAGGCUUGAAAUCUGCAGAUUAUUUUGGUAUGCUCAGCUCAAAAUCGACAAAAUGGUCCCUUACACCCCUUUGCAACAUUUUUUUAGUUGAAUGUAAGACCCCAUGAAACGGUCCUGAGACCUCUAGAUACCCCCUGAACCUCUUUAGGAUAACCUUGAAUGCCCCUGAGACUCCAUAGAGCCCUCAUAAGACCCCCUGGGAAUCCUUUACAUGCCUCUUAGACUCUCUCAAAUGCUCUUGAUAUCCCUUAAACUCUCUGGGCCUCUGAAACUCUCUGCCGCAUACUGAAAAGUCCCUGAGACCCCCUAAACGCCCAUGCCCAUGGAGGGCGUUGAGACCCCCUGGAGUUCCGGAUAUCUCCUGAGAUGCCCCUGAGACCCUCUUGUACAUCUGCCAUGGAACCCUCAUGGGAACUCCUGGUACCCCCUUGAAACUCUCUAGGACCCUUGAAUCUCCCUGGGAAUCCUGAAAAGCCAUUGAGAUCCCCUGAACGCCUCAGAGACCCCUUAAAACGCCCCUAAGAUUCCUUGAAAUGCCACUGGGCCACUUCUGAGACCUCCAGGUGUCACUGAUACACCCACCCUUAGUUACCCCUGAGACCCCCAAAAAUAAAUAGUUUUAAAAAAUCCCCCUUGAAGCGCUCCUGUGACCCCCUGGAGUCCCCUGGAGACCCAUGAAAACCACUGGAACCCCUUAGAAAGCCUCCGUGCACAACGUGCUGUCAAGGUAAAAUCAGUCCUGAUUACUCGAGGUCUUCAAAUUUCCGCGCCUUUUUGCCUGAAGGUCUUUCAACAAAUUUCGAAAAAAAAAAUCCGUGCUGAUUUUUUCAACAAUUCUUGGAAUACUGAAGAAGUCUCUGAAGAUAGAAUCCCAGGAGCAAUUUGAGAGAAAAUCACUGGAGCAAUUUCUCAAUAAAUUUCUGAAGAAACUCCCGAAAGAAUUUCUAAAGCAGGAAUUACUGACGGAAUCUGAAGAAAAUUCCCGAAUUAAGCAAAUGAAAGUUUUUGGAGAAAUGUAUGGACAAAUAUUUGAAGAACCCCCUUGGGAAACCCGCAGUGGAUUACCAAACAGAACAUUUUUGGGAUAUUUUUGGAGGAAUUCCUUGAGAAAUCCCAAAAUAAAAUUCGUGUUCAACUUUUUUUAUUCUUGAAGAAACCCAAAGAAUUUCUGAGAAAAUGUUAACAGAAAUACCCAGCGGAUUUCUCGAAGUAAUUUCUGUAUGAGUUUCUGCAGGAAUUUCUGAAAAAAAAAAUCAGAUAGCACCACUGACUGGGGUGAUUUCCUUCAUCCUUGGAGGAUUGCCUGUCGGAAUCAUUCUCAAAGAAUUCUGGGAAGAUUUUCUUAGACUUCCUUAAGGCAUCCUUGAAGCAAAUGCUGAAAAAGACAUUUCUUCAAGGAAUAUCUGAAGAAGUCUCUGAAGGAAUGUCUAAAAGAGUCUCUGGAUGAAUUCCUAAAGGAGCCACAGAGGAUUUUCUGAAUUUUGGAAAGGAAUCCGUGAAUGAUUUUCUUCAAGAUACAUUGGACGAAUCUUGGAAGAAUUCAUGAAAGGUUCUAUGAAAGGUAAUGUUUAAACGCAUUUUGGGAAAAAUCUCCAGAUCAACUCCUGAAGCAAUCCUGAAAAUAAAGCUUUUUUUUUAUUUCUGAAAGGAUCCUUGGAGUAUUUUUGAGAAAUUUUUUUGGAAGAUUUCUUGUGGGUUGUGUUAUACUUUUUUGGAGAAAUCAAGAUAUUUCUAAAAGGACCUAGAAAUAUCUAAAAAAAUAGCAUGGAUGCAUUUGGAAAAUUUGAUAAAAAUCCGUGAAAGAUAGUUUAACCCAGAAUCGGUCGCGCUGUGUACUGAGUGUGGUACACAACGUGAGCGUGGUGUCACUAAGGAUGGCCGAAGAUACGACUGUAGAAGCGUUAAACGAAUUUCUAGAAGGAUUUUCUGGAGAAAUUCAUGCAACAAUUUCCGAAGCAAUCUAUGAAAAACUGACCAUAGAAUUUUUUGGAGAAAUUGAUUAUGGAUUUUCGGAAA